GGAAAACUCGCGUCAUUUUCACUUUGCCUUCAGCUUGGGGACACUAUAUUUUGACCAGGUUUGUUUUUCUUUUCGUACGUUAACUGUAGCUUUUUUAUUAGAAGCGGUUUACUUUUGAUAUUUAAUUUUUGUAUUGGUACCGAAUUAUACAGGGUCGAAUUUACUGAACAGCAGUUACUUUGCUGAAAGAAAUUGGAUCAAUUCCGUUGGGUAACAACAAAUCACCGCCUGUAUGCAGUCGAUCCGUUACCACGCUUGUUUUGUUCUUAUUUCCAUCGCAAAUCGGAAUUAUUCAACGCUGUUGAUACCACGUUUCUGUAAGCAGUUUUCAUAAGACAUAGGUUUUCUUUUCAAUUCAUGAAAGAUAUGUUCUUUUAAAGGCAACAGAUAAAUUGUGAUGCAUUCGUGAUCACCGAAGCAAGGUUAAAAAUCGAGUUGGCAUUAUAUUGUGCCGUCGACGCAAUACUCAAAAUGAAAAAUCGACAUAGCUACCUGUAAGCGUAAAGUAUGUAGCAUAAGACGUUCUUCUUAUCCAUUGAAACAUUAAAUGCUGUGUCAAAUUUGUUUUUAAACUGUUAUUGCAAAAGAAAUGCUUCACCAAUGAUGGUUUCGAUCUAUUAAAAUCUUCGGAGCACGCUUUGAAAAGACUCACGCGGUGCGCUCUAGUAAAAAAGCUUAUUGCGGUUCGAAUUGCUUGAUUGAGAAAAGAUGCCUCGAUAAAUUAGCAUUAAAACAAUCUGUAUAAAACAUAAAGAGAAGACGAAAGUCAAACUCGAAAUAUUUAUAAAGCGAAAAUCUGUUAAAUCAAAGAAAGAAUGCGUGCUUUGUUAAGUCUUAUGUAACUUUAUGAGCUCAGACACGAUUUAAAAAAAAGAUUUCCCACCUUUUCUUCUGUUUUCAAAGUAUUUCUGAUUUCUAGAAAUCCACCUGGACAUAGUGUUUCCAUGCUAAAGAUAUGAAAUGUUCUUUUCUACUCGGUGUUUUCGAUGGAACUUCCUGAGAAUAAUACAGGAACAAUGACAUUUCUUCUGAAAGCCGAAAAAUAAUAUUUAAACGUUUUACUAUUUAUUUUGUGUCAGCCAAAUGCCAAAGAAGUUAUCGAUUUCUUAUGCAAUACAGUUAAUAAGUUUGUUGGCAAACACUUCAUUUUACAAAAACAAACCAUUCAUAUAUGUUUUUCGAUCCCUUCAAAAAGAGGAUAACUUGCAAUAUUGUGCACCACAUGCACCUCUCUAGACAUUCUGUGAUUUUUUUUUUUUUUCAAGGUAAGUCCAAGGAGAACUUAGUACUAAUAUCACACAAUUCACAAUGGGAUCCAAUGGUGAUGAAACUGUGACCAUGGAAGACUUCACUAGAAUUGAAAAGAUAGGUGAAGGUAUGUCAUCUUGUACUUAAAUUAAACAUCAAGGGUAUUAUAUGUAUAACAAAGGAAUCUGUUGGCCUUCAAAAGUUUAACUGUAGUUGUUUUAGAGCUCUGUAUUUAAAGGGACAUCCAUGGAAAUUACUGACACUUGUGUCUUCUUUGUCUUUUCUCUUACCGUUUGCAUUACUUACUGCUCAUACUAUCUAUCUGAAUGAAAUACUGUCUUCCUUCUGGCCAGGUACAUAUGGUGUAGUAUACAAAGGACGCAACAAAAAGACCAACAAACUGGUGGCCUUGAAAAAAAUCCGCCUUGAGCUAGCAGAGGAAGGAAUACCUAGCACAGCAGUUCGAGAAAUUUCACUGCUCAGGGAGCUUAGGGAUCAUCCUAAUGUCGUCUGCUUAGAGCACAUACUCCACGACGAUGCAAAGUUGUACUUAGUAUUUGAAUUUCUGAUGUGUGACCUCAAAAAGCACUUAGACUCAACCCAAGGAUUGUUGGACCCCAUGUUGGUUAAGGUAAUUUCUUAGGUACCAGAUGCAAAAAAAUGUUGUGUCAAUUUUGUUAUCCUAAUUUUUGUGCAUUGACAUUAGCAAUUUAAACAAACCAUUAACCAUUAAGUUUUAAUAAACCAAGACAUUUACUAUUAUUACAAAAGUACAUCUUAUUGUCAGGCUAUAAAAACUGUGACCACAGGCACAAGAAAAUUAUGUUGUGAAAUGUCAUGUCUAAACUAAUCUCUAAAUGAUAUAUGCACCGUAGAAACAGUAUUAUUUACAUUGUGAAAAUUAAUGACAAAUAUAAUAAUUGAGUAUGUCUUAAAGGCCAAUGUUCAUCAAAACAGCUUUGUGCACCACACUGACUGACUAUUUUAUUAGAGAAAGAGAAACUGUAAUUUGUGAACAUCCUCCUCCCCAUCCCAAUCCCCUCCCCCCCGGAUAGUGGGAAAGACGUGAAUUAAAGUAAAAGGCACGUGAAAAGUUGGACAUUCAGUUUCCUUCCGCUUUAUUUUUGUGUUUGUGCUUUCUUGAUUCAGAGGACCCCACUAUCUUGGAGCCUGAACGGGCUACUGAAGCAUUUGAAUGCUUUCUUAAUUUGCAGAGCUACUUAUACCAGAUGACAAACGCUAUGUACUUUUGUCACAGUCGCCGAAUUUUACACCGUGACCUGAAGCCCCAGAACUUGUUAAUUGAUGAACAGGGACUGAUAAAGUUAGCUGAUUUUGGGCUUGGUAGACCAUUUGGAAUCCCUAUCAGGGCUUACACUCAUGAGGUAUGUAAACAUACAGUCAAUAUUUUAAGGUAGUAUAUAUUAAAUUAUUUUAUAUUUUAUAUUUUAUGAUUUAUUUACCCAGGCAUUUUUGAGUUAAAUACAGCUCAGGUGGCCCAAACUCAUGUAACAAGGAAAAGGUGUAAAGUAGUUUACGUACCAAAGCUGACAAGUGACCUUUGUGCUUGACGUGUUGAAAAUAAGAGACUUUGUAUGAGAAAUAAAAUACUGAGAUCCGCAAAUGCUAAAAAUGAAUUGAAAUGAAUAAAAAAGACUUACAUGUGAUGUAUUCCUCUGUGUUUGGUGUCUGCUCAGCUGCUACUGUUUUUUUUUGCCUUUAUUGCAUAACCACCAUCGAUAUCCUCGGAGACCCAGGGGCAGUCAGUCGGGUCAGGAGAAAAGGUGGGAUGAAAGUGUUUUAGCUGACUGACUGCCCCUAGGUCUCCAAGGAUGCAUAACCACUGCUCCUGCCUGAAAGGACGAAGUCAAUGCUGGUCAUUUUGAUCUGGCAGGGACCUGGACCAGUCACAAAAAAAAUGCCAUUUUUUCUGCCGAAAUUCAAUCCACUGCAAAGUUUUUCAGCUCCAGCUCCCAGGAAGAAAACCUCUUCUUCCUCUCUGGGAAAUCAGCUCAAAAAUGCUUGAUAAUUUCCCCAUCAAGUUGAGCCAUUUGCACCUGACUUCGAGGGACAUCAAGGGCACUUGCGUUUCGCUCGCUCUACUAUUUCUGAGGAAAAAUGGGGGACUACUCAUAGUCUAACACCGACGGGUGCAAGGGCUUGAAAGAUGUGUUAAGUUAAGGAAGUAAUAAGACGCUUGCGCUAAGUGAGGGAUUGCGUGUCCGGGUAUGGUUUGAAAGGAUCACAGUUAACAACAGAAUGGCAAUUUUCUCUUAUUGUUAGGUGGUAACUCUGUGGUACCGGGCACCUGAAGUUCUCUUAGGAUGCCAGAGAUAUGCCUGCCCUGUGGACAUCUGGAGUGUGGGGUGCAUAUUUGCAGAGAUGGUUACAAAGAAACCUCUCUUUCAUGGAGAUUCAGAAAUUGACCAACUUUUUCGUAUUUUCAGGUUUGCAUUACAAUAAUAUUAUCUUUUCCACCUUGUAAAAUUUACAUGGUGUGAACAGAGAUUUAAGUGCUUAGAGUGGCCUACAUUGAAGAGACAUAAGACUGACCCUCAACAUGGUUGUUAAAGGUUAGGAAAUGGUCAGCACGGAAAAAAUUUCAUCAAGAUCAGGGAAUUUCAAUUCAAGUCAGGGAAAAGUGAAAUGUUAACAGUACAUAUUUAUUCUUGGUCCCUUUGAACAACAAGCUAAUGUUGGGUUCAAACAAAAAUCAAUCCUAUUUGCACAUUAUUGUCAAGCAAUUCAUGUACACUGUACAUGACUUGCUUAAAUGCUUUAUGUAUCACUUACCCUAUUAAAUGAUGAAUAUGUGAAUUUCAUUUAUUGAAGUUGUGAAAUGAAGAAAUACAACUCGAACUCUGAAGGGAAAUAGAAAACAGUUGAGUUUGUGGGGAAUUUGAGUUAUCACGCUAAAUUUAAGUGAAAUUUUGACAAAGGAAAGGAAAAUUUGUUCCAGUUAGCGGGGAAUUCAAGUAAUCCGAGUUUGAGUCAUCGUGGUUCUACUGUAACUGAAAAGAAGAUCAUCAGAGGUUAAGACAUGACUUACGCAGUUGUGAAAAGAAAGCCCAAAAAAUUCAGACUUGCUGGGAUUCAUAUCCUGGCCCCUGAAAUAAAGGGUUUCUUAAUAACUGCUUAUUAUAAGUUGUGACCUUCUUUGCAUUUAGUUUACUAAUUACUAAUCCUUUCAUACCAUGGAUACUUCAUAAAACUAUUGAAUUUGUCUUCAAAGAAUUCUAGGAACACCAACAGAGAAGAAUUGGCCAGGAGUGUCACAGCUUCAAGAUUAUAAAACAAGCUUUCCAAAAUGGAGUGGAGAAGGACUUAAGAAAGCGGUUCCUCAGCUUGAUGAAAAUGGACUUGAUUUGUUAGAGGUAGAUGAUAGUUGUUUGAAACUUUAUAUUACAAUUUCCCAAACAUGAACUUCAAACUGUGGUCACCUUAGCUUUGCCAUUUGUUGUAUUUAUCUUAAAUUAUCUUGUCUCUAGCUUGUGUGAUUAAACAGCCUGAUAUAAAUAAUAUGAAAGUUAUUUAAUAAUUCCAAAUAGAACAAUAUUAAUCAACUGAGACAUGAUGUAUUCUAUUUCCAACAGAAAAUGCUUUUGUAUAAUCCAGCAAAGAGAAUAUCAGCAAAAGCUGCAUUGGAUCAUCCGUAUUUCCAUGAUUUGGACCUGUCUACACUACCUGCAACCAAACAGACCACCAUAAUUGGAAAUAUGCCAAAAAGCUUCUAGAUACCAAAUUAUCUUAGUUUUACAUUCACUAUAUUUUUUUCUCACUAAAUGAAAUACAGCCGUGUACAGUACAUUGUAGAGCAUCUAAAGGGGUGUAUUUUCUUGGAUUAUGUAAGUUAAC